CCAAACUACAGACCACCGUCCGGCCAUCCAUCUCUCUCUCUUUCCUUCCUUGUUGUUCUUCUUCUUCUUCUUUGUUCUUGGAUAUAUACCAAUAUCAUUCAUUGUGAGUUACGUUGUAGUGAGCGAGGAACGAUGAUGCCGAAAAGCGGGGUCGGGGAGAGGUUCACGGAGUUCAUGGAAGGAUGGGCUCACGAGCUGGAGGUGUACCUGGAGCAACUCCUGCGUGCGGUGUCCAUCAACGACCACCAUGACGUGGAAGCCGAGGCCGCCCUCGUGUCCAAGCUGACUCAGCACCACAAGGGCUACUACACCGUCAAGUGGGCCUUGGCCCACGAGGACGUCCUCCCUUUCUUCUCCCAGGCCUGGGCCACCCCUCUCGAGAAGGCCUACUCCUGGCUCACCGGCUGGAAGCCUUCCACCAUGUUCAAGCUCCUCCUCUCCACCACCGCCACCUCCUCCGGCGCCGUGCUCAUCCACCUCACUCAGCAGCAGCUCGAGACCAUGGAGGACCUGCGGCAGAAGGUGCGGCUGGAGGAGGACAAGGUGGAGAGGGACAUGGAGAGGCAGCACGUCGCGCUUGCCGACAGGAGGAUGGUCGAGCUGGCCCGCCUUGCCAGCCGGGGGACGGUGUCGCCGGCGCGGAUCAACGGGCUGGUGGAGGUGGCGCUCAAGGGGGUGGCGGACGGGCUGGAGAAGGUGGUCAGGGCGGCGGACUGCGUCAGGCUGAGGACGCUCAAGGGUAUUUUGGAGAUUCUCACUCCGCCGCAGUGCCUCGCCUUCUUCGCCGCCAGCAGUACUCUGUUGAUUCGGCUGCGGCAGCUUGGAGGGAUGAGGGAGCGGGCUUCAGCCGCCGCCGCCGCCGUAAUCUAGUCCGGGUUUUCUUGAUUUAGAUGGGGCACGCACGAGAGUUUCGGCUACUUUUGGGCGCUUUAGUUAGAUAAUUAUUAGGGACUUUUCUUUUUUCUCUCUUUUGUUUAUUAAUAGUGUUCUUUUUCUAGCUCCCCGGAGUUUUUAGGUUUGUAAUCCGUGUAAAAUUCCAAUAACGGGAAUACUGAUCU